CUCUCCCCCUCGCAAAGGCUUUUGUAGCUUUUUCACUUGACUUUGAGCACUCCUUUCCUCUCCCGAUGCUUAGCUUUGACUUUCUUCUCCUUAUCUGUCGCUGGAGAGUAAUUGUCGCUUUCAUGAGGACCUUGCUUUAACCUUGAGCAGCGGUUCCUGUGGCACCUGAUGUGCAUUAUGUACUAUAUAUACUGAUGAAAGAGCGAGGUACAGUCCUAAUGUCUUCCUUGAAGUUUUCUUUUUCUAAUCUGUUUCAAGGACUCCUUUCAGAUGGGACCUGAAAGCUUUCCCAAUUAUUAUAAAACUCCUUGUGAUUUUUUUUUUUUACUUGAAACGCAGACUUAUAUUUAGAAUAGCAGGGCAAAAAAGCAAUCACGGUCUUAACGGGCUGAAGCAGCAACACCCAAGCUGUUAUUAGCUGCUGUUAGCUGCCCUUUGGUUCGGGUUUAAAUGCCAAAGGGGUGUUUCUUUAUUAGGUGCUUACAGAGCCUUUAAUUGUGAUGGAUGUCCACGUACCUUCUGCACUGUGUUUGUUUGUUUAUUUUCCCAGUAUGGGAUAUCUUGCAGGAGAGAGGCAGAAGUGUUUGAGAACACUGAUGGGGAGGGCUGCAACUGGACUGCGUGCUGGAGAGAGAGGGCUCUCAUUUUGGGGCUUGGCUAAGAAGUGUUCAGUCAAAAGAAUAAAACUGCAGGGCUGCUCCUCAGCUGCUGCCUUUUUGUGCCUGUGCCAGUGGCAGGAAUGAGCUGGCUGCAGCAGGUGGAUGCCAUCAGAAAUGAAGAAUCACUCUGUGAGCAGAGGGGAUGGUGAGGGCUCCUGGGUUCUCUGCCUUGGCUGGACACGUAUGGAAAGAAAGGGACGCAGAAGCUGGGCUUUAUUCAGCUUACAGGAGGAAAACUACAACACUGCCAGACAUGAAUAAAAAAGGAAAAGCAAAGUAAGAGUAGACGGGUAUUACAUUAAGGGUAACGAGCAAUAUGCUUUCAGGAUUAGGACAGGAACAAGAGCAGACUUGCCAAGAUAAGGUAAAAUGCUAUUUUUGAAAAAUGAAGGAAAAACUGCUCUAAUGAGGUUUAAUAGGAAAAGUAUUGACAAGUAUUACCAAGAAUCAGGAAAAAUUACAGCUCGUUACAUGGCCAAGCUGCGCACAAUGGCUGAUGCUCACCAGUCUUUGAAGAUGGACUCGGUAAUGCUUAGUAAUGGGAACAAAAAGAAGCAGAGUGAGGAUGCUGGAGGGGACUCGAAUGUGUUGUAAGCUGGUUCACCUCUGUGGGGCUUCCUGGAAGACCCUGGCUGCGUUUCUACAGGCAUCGUUUGGGCAGAUGGGAGCCCCAGCAGUCACAUUGAGCAGGGCAUGGGCACAGACAACUUUCUUCUGCUCAGAUUAUAAUGCACAGAUGCUCCUGUCCGUCUCCCAGAGCCUGCAGGACAUAUGUAAAGCUUCUGCAAAGGAAGUAUGCAAGCAAGGAGAAUUUGAGAGCUAGCUCAGAGACAUAAUGAGAAACAGAUUGAAAGAUAUCCACUGAUGCUUGUGCAAAGGCAAGAUGCAAAGAAGAAGAGACAAAAAGCAAUGAGAAGUUUAAUGUUCUGCAAAACUGUAGUAAAAGCAAUCACAGCAAAGUCAGCAGACAAGGAAAGCACGUGAAGAUGUUAAGCACUGCAUGGAGACCCAAGCAGUGACUUGGGCAAUGAGGUUUUGCAGGUAUGGCUGGCAGCAACACUUCUGCAACUUGCACUCCUCAGGGAUGCAGUGAUGUGGGGCUACGGAGGAUUCCUCAAUGUGAUGUGGGAGAAAAGAGUAAGCUCGGUGCAACCACACCAAAUGAAAAAUGAACAAUGGUGUUAUUGUGGUACAGAAGGGACAAAGUAAAUGCUAUGCAGGGGUUUUGGAAAAGCAGGCAUGCCUGGGCUACAGGUCACACAGAAAGCACAGAACUACUCAAUGCAGGUGAAAGCUGAAACCUACUCAUUUAAAACUGUGUACAAAUUGUUUAGGUAACAGAUACACCAACAAACCAAACCCAAAUAAUUCACGGAAUAUGGAAAACAGCCUCAUGGACUUACUAGUUCCUUUAGGCUGAAAGUUCCCUUAGUCCUCACCCAUGGAAUACAACAGCUGUAUUUGGCUACCAAAAACUUAAAUGCAAAGGGAAGGAAGCAGCAGAGAGAAACUGAGAUACAGCUUGGAGGGCACAGAGCCAAGGUGGCAGCAGUGAGUGGGGUUUGAUGCAAGUCCUCCAGGGAACCCCAGGACUUUGCUGUGAAAGCCGCCUUGAGCCAAGGCCAAAGGCUUCAACAAAGGAGAGACUUCUGCUCCUGAUACUUCUUAUUUUUUCUUUUAUUUUUCCUUGCCAGAAGAAAAAGAGGACUGGCUCUUACUCAGUUUGGUGAAGAUGACCCUUGAUAAAAUAGAGUUACACGCUUGUCAUCGUCAUGUUGGGCACUGCCCAGCACUCCUUGGAGAAGUGAUAGUCUACAAGCCACGCAGCCUGACACUGCUGUCCUGCACAGACACCCUCAGCCUGCCUCCACAGGCACUGGGGCCCUCACAGAGGGAGGAUGAGAAGAAAUAAGUGAGAAAAUACACAAAUGUCUCCAUGGCCAAAUCCGAGCUGGGCCCGUGGCCGUCUGUGCUUGCAGUCAGCAAGGCAAACCCUGGCAGCACCUACAGCCUUGCCCCAGUUUGUUUCCAGCUGGGGCUGCAGCUCUGGGAAGGUUGCUUUCAUCAAAUUCUUUGAUAUGAGCGGUCUUUGAUAUGGGGAAAACCUACCAGAAGUACUAAGUGAUGGGGGUGGUGGUGGAAGGAAUAAACCCUGAGAAGGAGAUGAAGGCAGCUCCCUUUGAUCUCUGGCUGGAUUGCAUCUAGGACCUAAGCCAGCCUGCUAGGACUGCCUGCCAGGUAUCACUAUCUACAACACCCUUAGUUCCCUACGAGUGAAUCUUCCAUAUUUUUUUUUCCUCUUUUUUGCCUGAUUUGAGUCAUCAAUUGGCUAUAGAUGUAGUGUGCAUAGCAGCCAGCCAUGUGGAUGAACAAGGAGCCCCCUGGCAGGUGAUCCACCAGCCAGGGGCCUGGCCACCGCUGGGCCCUGGGCGGGCCUGGGUUUGCGCAUGGGCCUUUGCCAGGCCUACCCCGGUCUUCAUGUCCCGUGUCCUGAGCCCAGGCUUGUGGCUGGGACGAUUCUUGAAUGAAAGUGCGUGGUCAAUCCCAGAGCUAUGUUGCUUUGGUGUUCGGGGAAUUUUGCCUCUAGCUGCAGCCAGUGUUCACAAGUCCUGUUAAACCUGAAUAACCGCAAUCCCUGACUCUGCUUCAAAAGCAGCGGGUGAAGAGGAUGGUUCCCAAAGCUUUAGUGAGGUAAAUUUGUCUCUUCAGAAUACUGCUUAUGCAGUGGGAUUUUUUGUGUUAAGACAGGGAUGGCUGUAUGGAUUGUAUAUCCUAGUGUCCACUCAGUGCUCUGUACCUUCACACCUUUCUGCUCUUGUGAGAGUGCAUUUACAAAUACUGGCUCUUGCAGGGACAUUUUGGCAUGUGAAGCUUCCUCUCCUUGCUCACUAUCAACCAGUGGCUGCCAGGUCACAUCUGCACCCAAAGUCAAGUUUGUUUAGCUCAAGUUGUACUUUGAAAUCUGUUUAAUUACGCUGGUGCAAAACCAUUGGUGGAUGCUCUUCUCACUGCUUCAACCGAAGUCUGAAAUUCAUUGAUAUUCUUUUGGAAAUCAGAGUUUGUUCAAGAGUGUCCACAUGGGUUUGCGAUUGGUUUCAAUAAAUACAAUCAAAUCCAGAUUUUGCUUAAAUCACCACAAAUUUUAAUGCAAACAGGGCCUGGGUGAGAUUGAAAAUCCCCUCGGUUCCUCUGCCUUUUCCCUCCCGUGUGACACUCGACCCUUUCCACAUAUUGCAGCUCGCUGCAAACCAGUCUGCAGGUUCUCCAGUAUCCACUCUUUUCCUGAAACAAUCAACCUACUUUGAGUUUAGCAGCCUCUCCCCUGCCCCUGACUGGCUCCUGCGCUUCCAAUCAGGCACAGAGGAAACAUUUAAACACGCAGCCCCUCUGCCUUGCCUCCCUGGCUCUGCUCAGAGCAGGAACCAGCCAUGCAACUCAGCCCAGAUACAAAGUUCUGCUGCGGGUCGGUGAUCUGCUGCGACGAGUCCUGCAUUGACUUCAAGGCUCAUGGAGGAUCUUCUGCUCCUAGGACAGCAGGUCAGUCAGCAAUGGCUGCAGCAGAAAUUCCCAGUUACAUUGUCUCUUCUCAGACUGAGAAACACAGAAGGGCCAGAAACUGGACUGAUGCAGAAAUGAGAGGUUUAAUGCUGGUCUGGGAAGAAUUUUUUGAUGAACUGAAACAAACUAAAAGGAAUGCCAAAGUUUAUGAGAAAAUGGCUAACAAACUCUUUGAAAUGACUGGAGAAAUUCGCCACGGAGAGGAAAUAAAGAUAAAAAUUACAAAUAUGACAUUCCAGUACAGGAAAUUAAAAUGCAUGACUGACAGUGAAACUGUUGCACCUGACUGGCCUUACUACAAAACCAUUGAUAGGAUUUUAUCCAAAGUGACAGACCACAGCGAUGUGAAAAUGCAUGAAAAUCAGCAACCGGGUCCUUCUACAUCACAGACGGAGGCCUCACAGUCUCCAUCAGCUAAGUCAACACCUCUGUAUUUGCCAUAUAACCAGUUUACAUACGAAGGAAGGGAAGAGUGCUUUGAAGAUGAACAUUCAGAGAGCUCGUCAAGCUUACUUUCUUACAAGCUGAGAACUGAAGAAAGACCAGUUAAGAAAAGAAAAAUGCAAAGCUGCAGCUUUCAAAAGAAGAAGCUAAAAUUAAUGGAGGCCAUGUUGGAAGAACAAAAGAAGUUAAGCAGAGCUAUGGAAGAGACCUGUAGAGAAGUGCGCAGGAUUCUGGAUCAACAAAACAUCAUUCAAGUUCAAAGCUUACAGCUACAGGAGAGAAUGAUGAAUCUACUGGAGAAAAUGAUUUCCAAAUCCAAUGUGUAGUUUCCCCUUGUGAAUGCCUCUGAGAUUAUUAUUGAUAUUAUAGACAUCCCCUUGCUACACACCUUAUGUGUGUCUGUUGCCCUAUUCCCUGGUUUUCCAUGGAAAUUAAAACCUUAGUGUAAUCUUAGAUAAGCAAAGAGAAAAGAUAAUGCAGUGUGAGGGCUAUCUGGCAUGAAAAAAAUAGUGCAAUAUAUGCCUAAGUUGAAUUAUUUUUAUACAGAAAGAAUAAGGGAUGAAGCUCUGGGAACUUCAGUACUAUUAUGCCUAGGUCAGAUAUUGUUUUACAAACAGAUGUGUUGUAUAUUUCUUCACAUCAAGGACCAUACCCUGACCUGUUGUAGGGGAACAGAAUAAUGUGUUCCUAGAAAUGCUAAUUGCAUCUUGACUUUGCUGUUGAUUAAACCUUGUUUUGAAACAUAAACAGUGAUUGUUCAAGUGACCUAUGGUUCUUGUGAAGAGCUACUUGGGACGACGAGAUGCAUCCUUUUAAACUCUAUGCCUGGUAUGAAUAGUACUCUAAAGUAUGAGGGUAAAAAUAGUCUAUUCAAAUACAGUUUUCAUAAGCAAACAAACAAAUCCUUACUAUAUACUGAAUACUAAAAUGUAUAGAAGAUACUUGAAGUUGCUUUUGAUAUUAAAUGUUUAAUUUUUUUCAUUAUUAACUGGAAUCUGUUGACUUAAUGAACAACCAGCAAUGAAAACUCUCAUUUAUUCUCUAUCACAGAAAAAAAUAUUGUACUGUGUGUAUAUACAUAUAUAUAUCUAUCUAUCAAAUGAAAUAAAGAAAAAGAAGAAACAUUUA